AUGGCUCCCAUUCCAGCCACAAUAGGCGAUUUCUCCGUUCUACCGGUACGGAUGCCGGCACUGCCAUCGCUCGAGAUGGCAGAGCCGGCCACACACUAUAUCUAUGUGAGGCCCAAUGCGCCCAAGAUCCCGACAGCCGACGACGAACGCAGCCUCUUUCUAGCCAACGUGCCGGCCGACAGCACGGAGGCACAUAUGCGGGCGAUUUUUGCACAGCUAGUGGGCCCGGGUCGUUUCGAGUCGAUUGUGUUUGAGGACGAGCGGCGACAGGCGGCGGCAGUGUCGGAAAGCGCGAAGACGGCGAUUCUUCCAGGCCAGGCAGCGCGGCUAGCAGCGUUGCAGUCGCGCAAGAGGAAGCGGGAAAGCCGGAGCGGAGCGGCAGCGGACGACGACGCCGAGAAUACGGCGGAGACGGCCCGGGAGCAGCAGGCACGGCUGCCGUCGACGUGGCCGCAGCGGCUUCGACGGAGCGGUAGCACAGCAGUGGUGCUUCUGGUGGACGAGCGGAGCGUGUCAGCAGUGUUAAAGGCAGUGGCCAAGACGCACGUGCGGGGCGGCAAGGUGGUAGAAUGGGCGUCUGGGGCGACGAUGCCGAGCUGCGGUCCUUUUUGGCUGGCUGCACACAACCGGCUCGUGUAUCCGGACCGGGCGACGAUCGACAGCAGCGUCAACGCGUUCUUUGCGCUGUACAACGAGCGCGAAGCGGCGGCGGCCGAGACGGCGCGACGGCUGCGCAACGAGCCCGACGAGGACGGAUUUGUCACGGUGACGGGUGGCGGCAACAGCGGCGCUGGCGGCGUGGCACGGCGAGCCGAGGCCGAGGCGGCACGCGCGAAGCAGCUGGCCAAGCAGGAGAAGAAGACGGCGGAGCUGACCAAUUUUUACCGCUUCCAGCUGCGCGAGCAAAAGAAGGAGGAGCAGGCCGAGCUGCAGCGACGGUUCCAGGACGACCGGCUGCGCGUGGCGGCGAUGCGGGAGAAACGCGGCAAGUUUCGGCCAGAGGCGUAG